CAAAAGUGUUUACGCCAUUGGUGCUUAUCGACAAUUUCAGUUACAGAGAGCUUACCCAUGAGAGACGAUCGCGUUUGAAAAGCCCAGAAAACAUUAUGAAAUAUACCGUGUUAUUACAAAUGUGUUGCAUACUUCUUUUUCUAUGCACCCAAAUAGUAAAGUUAGCCAUGGUUACAUUCACGGAUUACUACAAGGAAGAUUUGUUUGCUGAUAUGCUUUGUUUCUCGUCUGCAGCAAAGUUAACUGGCAUAUUUCCUGUACUCACGAAAUGUGCGCAGAAAUGUUCGCGGACAGACGGAUGCCUCAGUUUCUUCUACGGUAAAAUGAGCUUAGAAUGUUACAUCGUGUAUGCGGUUUUAACUUCCCGAACUGGAUGUGUGUCAAAACCUGGUUCAAGUUACUAUCUCAGACAAGCUGAUAACUUUUGUUACAAAUACACUCAAGAGGACAUCAACAAAAUGGACCAGUCAUCGGUAUCGGAGAAGAGUAUAUGUGAGAGUUAUCCGUUUCAUGUACACUCGCUGGGCAACAAUCAGGCGUAUCGCGGCUGUAGUGGAUGUUCGUGUUGCCAAUGGAAAGGAUGUGCCAAUGGUUGGUACUCUCGUGAUUACAAUGGUACUUGGAGUCAGACCAAAUAUGGACGUACAUGUCAACGCUGGGAUUCACAGACCCCACAUGAUCACUCUCGGAACUCGCCAUCUGGGUUUCCAGUGGAUAAAAGUGUGUACGAUGCCCACAACUAUUGCAGAAAUCCGGAUUAUGAAAGCGGUGGUUUGUGGUGCUACACAGAGGAUCCAUCUGUACGAUUCGAGUAUUGUGACAUACCGAAAUGUUAACAAACAUGUUUUCUGCGAAGACAACUGAAAGCAGAUGCAGAGUGACGAAAACUAUAUAUAUAAACUUGAAUUGUUUGUUUUAUUAGAAUUACCGAUGAUUAUUUGAAAUGUGUUUUUGUAAGUGUCGGUCGUUGUUUAUUAUUAUUAUUGUGCGACUAUAAGCAAACACAUGCUGUUUACUGUAUUCAUGGUUUCGGCUGUCUAUGACACUUAACUGUAUAGGUAGGAUAUGCAAAUAUUCAGUGGAUCGAACAUGAUUAUAAGAGGAAUCAGCAUGUAAUCUGUCUUGGUCAAAGUCCAUCUCAUUGGUACCAUACAUUUUCUUGUGCAAUUGCCGCAUUAUUUGUCAAGUUCUGUUUGGGCUAUGACUGUACUGUCUAUGACAGAAACUGCUGCUGAAUAACGCAUGUAAUGUUAAAACUAGGCUUACUGGGCCCAGUUGUUCGAAACUUUAACCGGUUGUUAAACUAACCGCCGCCUAAAUUUUUAUUCAAAAUAUUAGUCUAUGUGGAAAACACUAGUGUAUUGUUUUGAUUUUACCGUAAGGACUUUUUAGUGUUCAUAAUAUUUUACCCAUACAUUUGUUUUCUAAGUCUUCUAAAAUGUUGAAAUGUAACCCUAAAAUUUAAUCAACCGUUAGUUUAAUCGCCUGUUAAAGUUUCGAACAAAUGGGUCCUGGUCUUCUGAUUGCAAUGUUUUACUUCCCUACCUUUCAAAGGAGACAAUAUGCUCUCAACCUGAAUGCUUAUUGACAUUGUUUCUAUGAUUGAUACUUUCUUAUAGAAAAGGGUGAUAUAUCAUUUAUCAAAAUACGUCACGCUUAGUCCGCUGUAGAUAACAGGGGUAUUAUCAAUGCAUAAUAUAAUUCUUAGAGGACAAGUACGGAAACUUUCAUCAUAGACUUCAAAAGCCGCGAUCAAUGAUUAGUGAACUUUAGUUCCGAUUCAAUAUUGUUAGCUGUUAUGAUCUUUAUGCUAAUUUGCACAUAAGAUUAUUUUUUACUAGUUUGACAGCAAUAAUAUUUUUAAAACUAGUUCGAACUUAGUUUAGUCAUAUUUUAUUCAUUUGUGUUACAAAGACAAACCUUUUACAUCCCAACAAAAGCAACAAUGUGGUCGAGUCAUGCUUUAUUUAAUCAUCAGUCCAAACUUACAAAAUGUUAUCCUUAUUAAAGCAAAUAAUUGUCGAAGUGAUAAUCUAUACAUUGGUAAGAUUACUAGUUGCUAGAAUGAGAAAAUGUAUCAUCACAGAACAUUUUAAUUCUUGUAUAGCCAAUUGCAAGUAUCUCACAGUGUUUUAAUUAGAAGUAUAUAUCUCAUAUCUCGCUUUCUCUUUAAUUCAGUUCAGUUUCCAUUUCCAGUUUGACCUUGGCCUUGUUCUGCGGAACCAACCUUUAAUUUAUUCCGCGUGAAUAAUGUCUUUUAUAUUGUUGGACUAGUACCCAAUAGUCACAAUGCCCAGCCAUUGAUAAUGUCAAACAUUUAAGAAAUUGAUUGCGAACCGCCUGCUUUAUUAUAGGGUAUUUUUCAUUACAGUAAAUGCUUAACUCCAUUACAACCUUUAUUAUUAGAACCAUUAUUCAUGCUUAUAAAGUCGACUCCAAUUAUUAUAAUGUUUUGUCUAGAAAUACUUUUAAUGGGAUUUCAAACCAAACACAGAAGAUAAAAAAUGUCACACUAUGUAGUUAGAUUUAUGGGAUUAGAUUAACAAAAUAUACCAUAUGAAUUAUUCAGGCAGUUUCAUUUGUGAGAUACUGCAAAACCAAAUUGGAUUUGUAAAUGCUUUGAAUAAGAAUCUCAUAUUUUAUUCUGAUGAUAAUAAUUAUACAAAAUAUACGGGCAUGCUUUUCCGGAGGACAAUAAUACCUGUUGAAUCGCCGUUGCUAAUUCUUUCAGUGACACAGUGAUUGGUGUUUAUUCAAUAAAAAAGUUUGCUCAGUAUUAUAAAAUGUACCAAAUGUGCAGGUCUUUUUUUUUAAGAAGAAAAAGCACGUUUUUCAUUUCUAAAUGCCUUGAUACUU